UAUAGUAUCUAAUUAUCUGUAAUAUCGAUUAUGCGAUAUUCUUUUUAUUCCGACGUAAAAUGGAGUAAAGCGUGCCGGAAUAAAAAUGUAUCCAGCGACCUUAGGCGAACGCGGCGAAGAAGAAGCGAAUCCCCUCGGGGUUUACGAAGGCGAAAGGAACGACAGGGGCGAGAGACACGGACAUGGAAAAGCUUUGCUUCCAAAUGGCGACAUGUACGUCGGUCGGUAUUGCAGGGGGCUGAGGCACGGCAAAGGGCUUUACGUGUUCAAAAUCGGUGCUCGAUACGACGGUGAAUGGAGACAGAGCCUCAAGUACGGCCAAGGAACCUUUUGGUAUCCCGAUGGAACGCGAUACGAGGGAGAGUGGAGACGCGACGCGAAAUAUGGUUUCGGUGUGUACUAUUACGCGAACGGUGACAUUUACGAAGGUUCGUGGAAGAAGAAUUUUCGACACGGCAUGGGCUCUUAUCUCUACGCUGAUACGAACACCAAAUUCAUGGGUACGUGGAUCGUGGAUCGUAUGCAAGGACCCGGCCAAUUGAUCCAUCCUCGACAUCGCUUUCACGGAUUCUGGGAAUUGAAUUUACCUCAUGGUCGCGGAUGCUUCACUUUUGAAAAUGCUUGCAUGCAACACGGUCACUACAUUCAUGUCAAGGAUCCGGAAGUCGUCGAGACACAGGAGGAAACUAUCGAUGAGAGGCCAACGGAGGAGAAAAGUGAAGCACAACCACUGAAACCGUCACCUUUGAAGAAAGGCGUUAUUCCGUUAUGGCGCGCGCGUUGCAUUACGCCGUAUAAUCCUGAUCUGUUACCACCAGAGCCGGUUCCUUUACAGGAAGAGGUGUCGCUGGACUCCAUAGUAGAUAAAUGUUCGGAAGAGUUGUCGGAAAGGGAACAAUACUUGAAAUAUCCAGGGGAGUAUCGCGGAGAGGAAGAGGAGUAUUACGAAGAGAUCGAUCAUGUUAGACCAUCCAUUGAAACAAUUCAAGAGAAAUAAAGCAGUAUAAAAUAAAAUAAACUCUUUUCGUGUCCUAUUGAUCUUUCGUUAACCUUCUACUAACUUCACCAAGUGUACAAUAUAGAAAGGGUUGAUGGAAACGACUAAUAACAACUUAAAUAAAUCCAAUAGGUCCCAAAUUAGAGAAAUUAGAAAUGCGAAGAAGCAUCAAAGUUGCUAUUCGACAGCUUAUUCAUUUGUUCAUUUAUUUAAAGUGCGUAACUUGUUAUACAAAGUUAUUGCACUACUGCUUAUUUAGUACUAGCUUAUUUCCAUUCUUUUUAUCAUGGUCUUGUACGACUCCUGUAUUGUUUUAAUACUGUUUGCAGUAUCUCUUACUUCUCACAUCUAUUGGGGCCCGCUGAAUUAAAAAUUCAACAUAGCUACAGCCUCUGAGGAUAAAGAGAACUCACGUUGGGAGUCAGGAGAUGUUAGGAGACUCGUAGAUGGUUAGAGAAAUAAUCUGUAGCCUUUAAAAGUUACUUAAACGAUCCUUAUAUUUCUAUCCUGUUAUUUGGAAAAAUACAAUUUUACAUAUUUACAGCGAUAGAGUUAAGGUCAGAUUUUUGUAUGCGAUCGCACAGUAUACAAUUUAUAGGCAUUUUUACAAUUAUACUGAGCUCAUACAUAUACUUUUCAAGGAUACAACAUUGCUUGUAUUUUUUCCAACAAAGAAAAUCCUUAUUUAUACAAUAUACAUAAUCGAUGUACAGCCUAAAUAUCGAUCUAAUUUAUACCAGUAAUGGAUACUUUCUUUUUGUUUUAAACAAUCACUUUAUUGCGAAUGUGUUCAUAAUAGAUCAUGAUAACAUGAAUUGUUAUAAAUGACAGAAUACUGUUUUUUUUUUCUUUUCUUUUCUUUACAAGAUGUUGGAUCAUCAUAAAUAUUUUUAUACAAUUGAACACAAAGUGCCUUGUUUGUUUAUGCAUGAUUAUUUCAACACGGACACAAAUGGAGUAUUCAAAAUUUAUAAAACUUAUGCAUAUGUUCGUGAAAUAAUAAUACUGCAAUUUGUAAACCUAAGAUUUAUUUGUGUUUCUCUGUUUUCAACCGACAAGUUGAUAGAUGCUCUAAGAACACGGUUAAAAAGUUUCUUUACAGGGAUUGAACUAACGUGAUUUUGGGAAAUUAUUUAAAUCGCAAGUUACCAGGCAAACGCUACGGAAUCAAAACUCUUUUCAAAUAUAAAAUUCACAACGAACGUUAAUUAUCCAAGUAGUAUUUACAAUACGUACAAUCUUAAUGGGUUUUUAUUCAUCCUUUUCCAUAAAAGUUCGUAAUCCUUUUGCAGUCUAGCACUUGCUUACUUCCAUCAAAGUGCUCAGUCGUGAAAGAUAUACUAAGCGAUACAAAUUGAAUUCUUUGAAACUUAAAUUGUUAUCAGAGACCAAAUCCAACAGAGACGUUGGCUUAUUCGAAACGCUUCUCUUCCUUUUCUUUAUUACGAAAUGUAUAUCGUAACUAAACCUGAUUUUAUACAACAGAUUCAUGAAAAAUACAACGAUAAAAAUGAAUCUUGAGGUGUUGUAAAUCGGUGUAAAAUAUUUUAUCGAAAAGAAUGAAUUACAGAAUCAAGGUACAUCAUAGAGCUUGAAAGUUUCAGUUAAAUCAUCUAUUGUACCUAAAGCAAAUGUGUAAAGAAAUUCAUGAAUUAUAUAAUUCAGAGUUUAAAAAUGUGAGCAACGAGAAAAUUGAUUACGUUAAUAGUGUAAUUCAUUUCUUUUUCAAUAUCGAAUUCUUCACAGAUUUAUUACACCCUGAAAAAUACUCGUUAUUACGACUAACUCUGUACAAUCGAGUCAGUUUCUUAACGCGUUAUCGGAUCAAACAUGCUGCUCUCAAACACCCAUACAUACCCAUUGAGACAAAGACGAUAAGGCACAGAAUACACAUUAUUAUUUACGAGCAAUCGUUACACGCAGUUGCACAGCCCCGACAAAUUAAAAGUGAAGGCAAGAGGAUUAAAGGAACUUAUGCUGUGAAAGAAUUCAGUUUCGAGACAAAAACGCUAUCCACAUAAACACUAUUCAGUAUUUCCGUACAUGAAAAUAUUGUCGCUUGCAUGUUUCGUUUCCACAUUGUAUAGACAUUUUAAUAAUAUAUCUACACGUUAUAAUUGUAGCUUAUCGAUUAAUCGUGUCUCAUUGUUUUUACUUAAGGUAGGUUAAGGAUGCCAACGAAAAACAAAGGACGCUCUCCUCUCGAGGGUAAAGAACUAAAUGUUCUUUUGAUAUUUUCAUAUAUGGAUUACGACAAAUAAUGUUUCAUACUUCUACAAUUAUAAAUUACUUUUUGUUCUGUCGUACGAUAAACGACAUCUUCUUCAAGUUUUGUUACGGUAAUUUCUUUCGAAUGGAGACAGUCUGUCAACAUUUCAAGUCUACGAGCAUCGAACGAAACGUGAAUAGCAAAAAUGAAAUUUUCUCCACCGUUAUUGUGACAUAUUUGUAUAUAACAAACAAUUGUUAUGUACCGGUGUAAAACGUCCAAGUGUUUUACAGCUAGUAAAGCAUAAUUACAGAAGUAGUAAUUAGUUUGUGCCCUAGGGUUUAUCACAACAAAAUUGAGUCACCAUUUUGCUUUCGCCAAAAUAUACUCAACGAUAGUUCGCUAUACAGUUCUCCAAGUCUUAUUAUCGUGAUAGUAUGUACACCUGUGGGGCCGUUUAACGUUUCUCGGGCUGGCGAUAAAAAAAAUAUUGUGAAUAUACGUAUAUAUGUAUGUAUAUGAUACAUUGAUUUAUAAAUGUGUGCAUUGCACCGUUUCGAGUAUUCGUAAUCAAACAAAUGGAUUAAUUUUUUGGACAAAUUCAAAUCUGGCACACACCGUAUGGAAAAAUUUAGAUAUCUGACUCCGACGAUUUUUGUCGACUCGUAAGAGACUUCUCUUAACACAUUCGUCACGUUGUCUCAUUCGUUUACUGUCGUGUUCUGUUCGACGCUUUCGCUGUUUCGAUAUUACAUUCGACGAAUUAUACGAAACUUUUCCAAGGUGGAGGCGAUUCACUUUUUGAAAAUAUGGACAAAUCAUACCGAAGAGAAAUCUAAUAUUUCACGGUAGAAAAUACAAAGAUCUAUCAAUCGUCGUCGAACAUCUCAGGACAGUACACUUAUUACUUUAGAACGUCGAAACUCACAUUUAGUUCCUAAUUAAUCCGUGUAAAAUAGUAACAGUUACGUAAUACUUAUAAUUAUGCUUACGGAUGUACAGCUAUGUACGCGUUCAUACAUAGUUUAAGAUCCGAGGAGAGAUCUCGAGUCGAUCGCAUGAUACGAGAAAUUGUUAUUGUAUAAUAAAUCUCUCACGUAUGAGUUUUAGCUCGUCGCGACAUUUAAACGUGUUUACCCAUAUUUCUUUUCUACUAAUUGUCAAGAAAAAGUAUUCGUACACAAUACGUAACGAUACAAAAAAUAAUUACACUCGUUCUGAAUCAGAGAUGGAGAAAAUUUCAUUCGAAUACUUUUAUUCGAAAUUUUCACGUAGAUAAGAAUUUUACCCAUCUCUGUUCUCGAUUAGAUUCAUUGCAAGACUUCCGUUUUCUCAUGCAAAUGCGUAGAAAAGAACUUUCUAUCUCCGAUCGCUAUCACUUGGAAGCACCAAUUCUCUUCGACGGAAAUAAAAUUAAUAGCGCAAAGAAACGCGUGAAUCUUAACAAGUUAUAUUAAUUAAAGGAUCAUUUAAACAACUAAUGACUUGAUAUUUAUUAAUUGAAUGUUUUUAGGAUAUACUGCCCUAGUAAAUUGUUAUCAAACGUUCCUCAGUCUUGGAGAGUAAAAUGUUUCUUGAUUCGUAAA